GCGAGCGAGGGGAAGAGAGAGAGAGAAAGAGAGAGGAAGAAGGAAAAAAAGAAAGAAGAACGAAAGGAACCAGAAGGGGGGAACUACCAAAUCUAUGCUUGGACCUGGGCUUCUUUCUCGCCAAUGCAAAAGGGAAUAUGCAGCACAUUUUUGCCUUCUUCUGCACCAGUUUCCUAGGGGCAGUGUUGGGGGUUAAUUUCCCCAGCAACAUCCAGAUAGGGGGAUUAUUUCCUACUCAACAAUCCCAGGAACAUGCAGCAUUUAUGUUUGCAUUGUCUCAGUUCACAGAGCCCCCCAAGUUGGCUCCCCAGAUUGACAUUGUGAAUAUUAGUGACAGCUUUGAAAUGACCUACACCUUCUGUUCACAGUUCUCCAAGGGUGUCUAUGCUAUCUUUGGCUUUUAUGAGAGGAGGACUGUCAACAUGCUCACAUCCUUCUGUGGGGCACUCCACGUCUGCUUUGUAACACCCAGCUUCCCUGUUGAGACAUCCAACCAAUUUGUUCUUCAGCUUCGCCCAGAACUACAAGAUGCCCUCAUCAGUGUUAUAAAAUUUUACAACUGCCAGAAAUUUACAUAUAUUUACGAUGCUGACCGGGGCUUGUCAGUACUUCAAAAAGUGUUGGAUACAGCUGCAGAAAGGAACUGGCAGGUGACUGCUGUCAAUAUCAUGACAGCCACAGAAAAGGACUACAAGAACCUCUUCCUGAAUCUGGAAAAGAGGAAAGAACGGGUUGUGGUGGUGGACUGUGAAUCGGAGCGGCUCAAUGCCAUUUUGAGCAAGAUUGUCAAAAUUGAAAAUAAUGGGAAAGGAUAUCACUAUAUUCUUGCAACUUUGGGUUUCAUGGACAUUGACCUGGCACAAUUCAGAGCAAGUGGAGCAAAUGUGACUGGAUUCCAGUUGGUGAACUAUACAGACAGCAUUCCAGCCAGGAUCAUGCAACAGUGGAAGAACAAUGAUGCCAGGGAACAACCUCGGGUUGACUGGAAGAGGCCAAAGUACACCUCUGCUCUUACGUAUGAUGGGGUUCGGGUAAUGGCAGAAGCUUUUCAGAGUCUCAGGAAGCAGCGCAUUGACAUUUCCCGUCGUGGGAAUGCUGGGGAUUGCCUAGCCAAUCCAGCUGUUCCUUGGGGACAAGGGAUUGACAUCCAGAGAGCUCUACAACAGGUGCGCUUUGAAGGACUAACUGGCAACGUCCAGUUUAAUGAGAAAGGACAUCGGACCAAUUAUACCCUUCAUGUGAUUGAAAUGAAAGCUGAUGGGAUCAGAAAGAUAGGUUAUUGGAAUGAAGAUGAAGAUUUUGUUCCAACAGUCACAGAUCAACCAGGUUCAAAUGAAAGCACAAGUUUCCAGAACAGGACCUACAUUGUUACAACCAUUCUAGAAGCUCCGUAUGUGAUGAAUAAGAAGAGCAAUGAGAAGUUGGAAGGCAACCAGAGGUACGAAGGAUACUGCGUAGAACUGGCUGCUGAGAUUGCAAAACAUGUCGGCUACAACUAUAGCUUGCAGAUUGUUAAAGACGGAAAGUAUGGAGCCCAAGAUCCUGAGACUAAAUUGUGGAAUGGCAUGGUUGGAGAGCUAGUAUAUGGAAGAGCUGAUGUGGCUGUGGCACCAUUAACCAUCACUCUAGUGCGAGAGCAAGUUAUAGACUUUUCCAAGCCAUUUAUGAGUCUAGGCAUAUCAAUUAUGAUUAAAAAACCACAGAAAUCCAAGCCUGGGGUCUUUUCUUUCCUGGAUCCCUUGGCUUAUGAGAUUUGGAUGUGUAUAGUCUUUGCCUACAUUGGAGUAAGUGUUGUCCUCUUUCUGGUCAGUCGCUUCAGCCCCUAUGAGUGGCAUAAUGAGGAGCUUGAGGAAGGACGAGAGCAGCCAGCCAAUGGCCAAACAAAUGAAUUUGGGAUCUUUAACAGUCUUUGGUUCUCCUUAGGAGCUUUUAUGCAACAAGGAUGUGAUAUAUCUCCAAGAUCUCUCUCUGGACGAAUAGUUGGCGGGGUCUGGUGGUUUUUCACUCUGAUCAUCAUCUCUUCUUACACUGCCAAUCUAGCGGCUUUCUUGACAGUAGAGAGAAUGGUGUCUCCUAUAGAGAGUGCAGAAGACUUAGCCAAGCAAACAGAGAUUGCUUAUGGGACUCUGGACGCUGGUUCUACUAAAGAAUUCUUCAAGAGAUCUAAAAUAGCGGUUUUUGAGAAGAUGUGGACGUACAUGAAGUCAGCUGAGCCCUCUGUUUUCGUGCCGACAACAGAAGAGGGAAUGAAGCGUGUGAGGAGAUCCAAAGGGAAGUAUGCCUACCUGCUAGAGUCUACCAUGAAUGAGUACAUUGAGCAGAGAAAGCCCUGUGACACCAUGAAGGUGGGAGGUAACUUGGAUUCCAAAGGCUAUGGCAUUGCAACGCCAAAAGGUUCACCUCUGAGAGGUCCCGUAAACCUAGCGGUUUUGAAACUCAGUGAGCAAGGCGUCUUAGACAAGCUGAAAAGCAAAUGGUGGUACGAUAAAGGGGAGUGUGGAAGCAAAGACUCCGGAAGUAAGGACAAAACAAGUGCUCUGAGUCUCAGCAAUGUGGCCGGUGUUUUCUACAUCCUCAUUGGUGGCCUUGGAUUAGCCAUGCUGGUUGCCUUAAUCGAAUUUUGUUACAAGUCCAGAAGUGAAUCAAAACGGAUGAAGGGUUUUUGUUUGAUCCCACAGCAAUCAAUCAAUGAAGCCAUACGGACAUCAACCCUCCCCAGAACAUCUGCAGCAGGAACCAGCAGUGGAGAAAACGGACGGGUGGUGAGCCACGAUUUCCCCCAAACCAUGCAGGAGGUUCCAUGCAUGGGUCACAACUCUGGGAUGCCCCUGGGAACAACGGGGUUAUAACUGACCUUGAUGGAUCUUCUGGCUGAGAGCUGGGUCUCUUUGGGCCCGGCUUCUCCGGCUUUGCCAAACCAACCCAUGCAAAGAAGAGGGGCAAUGCGGUGGAUCUUACAGAGGAAAUCAGAUCUGUUUUCCCUUCUUUUUUCCUUUGUGUAUCUGUGUGUGUUUAUUUUUCAGUAAAUCCAUAGGCAGAAGAAAGUACAUCCUGUACUGCAAUAAGGAGAGGGCAACUGGACUGAACAGAAUUUGGAGACAUCCCUGUGUACACGGUUACAGGAACCCUGAGGAUGACAGCGCCAUUUUGUUUUUAACUUGGUUGUUAAUAAGUUCUUAGUGUGUGCAAUAUACCUUUUUUUUCUUACUAAUUCCCGUGAUGUCAGGGUAAAUAUCAGCCCUGUCCUGCUCAACAGUUUAAAAUCAGGUUUAGUUUGGGAUGCAAACCAUAAAUGUCUACACUACUAACAAUGAAAGGAAAACAAACAAACAAAUCCUUUGAGACAACAAGACUCUACUGUGUUUAAAAGUUGCUGCCACCAGGCUGACUAGACCCUUGAAUGAGUUCUCCAUUCUGUAGUCAAAGGAGGGACUUCUGGAACAGUUGAAAGAGAAGCCUAAAUGGAGAAAGGAAUGGGAAAACUUCCAGAAAGGAGGCCAAUGGCUCUGUCUGGAUUUAAGGAGAGCCCGGGUAAACGAAGCUUGGAAGUGGUUAUCUGAAGUGAUUAUUUGAGCUAAAAGUGUCACAAGUGUGGGAAAUUUAUCCAUUCCCAGGAAGUGUGGCUGGCAAGCUACCACAAUGGACAGGAUAACAGUCACCUAAGACCAUAUCUACUUGCUUUAUACAGGGGGAGGGCAAGAAAAUACAAAUUAAAUAGAUAGAUUACAUAUCCUCCCUGCCUGUCUUUUCAAAAGUGAAGAGGCAAUUACCAGCCAUUUCCUUAUUCCUGCACUUCUGUAAGGUUUCCUUUCCAUGGUCGUUCUUGAGUAGAAAACCAUUAGACAUCAGGCAUUGAAGCUAUUUUUGGUACAUCUGGGGGGCUUUUGGUCCUUGUGAGCCAUACCUGAUGGCCAUUCUAUGGAGUAAAAUGGGUCACAUUAGAUUUACUAUGACAAGAAAAUAAAUAAAUCAAGAUUGGAGUGAAUAAUAGCAACGAGGAAGGGCAUUCACCUGUAUACAGCCUUUCACAGUAGUUGCUUGCAGCUGGCCCUGAUUUUUUUAAAAAAUGUUUCAGGAAUCAAGUCUUGGCUAGCAGCAUCAUUUGCAGAAAAGCCAACAGACAUGGUUUCCUUUCAUUCAUCAUCAUGAGGGGAAGUGAAACACAGAGGACAAGCCAGCUGGUGCCCUGCUUGCUACUGAAAACUGUCUUUCAUCCAAGUUUGCAAUGAAACACUGAAAUCCAUAGAACUGCCCAAAGCACAAGAAAGUGGACUUGCUAGCAGUAUUUUUCCCCCAGUCACAUGUGCAUUAGCUUCUCCAUGGAAACAAAAGUUUCAUUUGUAUGUGUGUGAGAGAGAGAGACAUCACCAUCAUGAAUAGUAAGGAAUUUGAACAGAGUAGAAAGCAUUCCCCUCAAGAAAACUGUAUUAAAGGGGAAGUAUCUCCUACUCCAUCAGAGGUCUGGAGGAGGCGAAACCCUUCCACCACAGUCUCCAUCCUCAUUUAUGCAUUUGCCCAAGAACAGAAGGCAGUGCCAGACUUUAUAAGGGGCUAAAGCUUCCUCCAAGUGCCAGUGCAAACCCAGCAGUAUAGCAGAAACUUAAAUUCAAUUUCUGGGAUCUGUGGGUACCUUAAUGUGUAAAACAGGAGACUGUGAUACAUAGGGAAAGAAAGAAAGAAUGAAAGAAAGAAAGAAAGAAAAAGAAAGAAAGAAAGAAAGAAAGAAAGAAAAAGAAAGAAAGAAAGAAAGAUGAGAAUGCACCACAGGCUUCAAAGUGGCACAGCUUUGUUCAGUGGAUCAUCAUGAUGUAGCACAAAUGCGUGCUUUUGUUUUUUCAACAAGUGUAACUGGCAACUGGCUCAAAAACAAAUAAACUUUCAUACAUAACUUGCUGUGCUUAUACAGUGUCAAUAAAUGCAAAAAGGCUGGUCUCUAAGAACUGAUUUUAUCAUUCAACACUAUAUGGUUUCCUCCACUCCCCUUAAGAUGGCACCUUCGUAAGACUGACAACACAGAAACUGCAGCUCCUUUUAAAGAGGGCACAGCAUGUCUAGUGCCCAUUUGUGCUCUCCGUACCAGUGGAGACCUUUCCAGUUUCAUCAUUCCUCCAGCUCUCUGUCAAGGCUUGGAGCUCAGCCUCUGAAAAUAAGUCUCCAUGGUCUUGUUCUGUCAGUGGUGAUAUUUUCCUUUUAGUUUGAUGUCUGCCUUUGGUUACCUCUUGAGUUUAGUUCUGUGUUUGUGUUUACAGCACAUAGGACUCACAAACCAAGCCUGCUUUUUAUGAAUAUAUCUCUCAGAUAUUCAUGAAGACACGGUACUUCUUUCAGUCUGAAGAAUGUUCAUAUCUUCUGGCAACUGCUUUCCACCUUAAAAUGCCAUGGAAGCAGAACACAAGGGUGUCCUAUAUGGAACAAGAACAACAAAAUAAGCCCCACAACACUUCAGCAAACUCUGCUGCUUUUGUGGCAAAGGAAUCAAAGAGACCUAUCUGACAGUUGAGCCAGCCAGUUUGGACGAGUGUGUGGGAAGCAGACGUCUAUGUGAGGACAAAUGCCUGUGACAAUAGGAAAUGAGACUCAUCUUUUAAAAGCUUUUGACAAAUGGAAGGGUGGGAGGAGGAAAAGAAGAAUGAUGCAGAAGAAGAGGGGAAAUGUUAACUUGUAAUAUGUAUUUUUACUACACUUUUCUUAAAUACAAAGUAAUGGGGGGUGGGAGGGAACCCUUAAAGACAUUGACAUUUUUCUCAACAAAUUCCAUAUUUAACAGUUUUUGGCUUUCAUUAAAUUUUGCUCUUUGGUAUCUGGAUUUUUUUACUUAAAGAGUUAUGCUUGUUUUCUUUCUCUACCUUUCGAUCACUAGAAAUAUAUUGCAGAUUUGUGACCUGUUUCUUUAAUGAUGUUGAGAAAUAAGAAAUAUUGCCUGGCGCUUAGAUGAUAUGGGUCUUUUUCCAUUUUAAUCCCCUAUCCGUGACCAAAGUCCUCUUGCUUCAUGUAGAAGAUCAUAUUAGAGUAGACCCAUUGAAUCACUGGAAAUUUACUAAGUCCUCAAUGCAUUUCAAAUGGGCCUAACAGUUAAAGUAACAUAGUAAGUAACAACUAAUGUAAAUUAAUUUGAAUCAAUGGAACUUACAAAGGAGUUGACUCACUAACUUUUAAUUGAUUCAGUGGGCCUACUCUGGUGUAAUUUACUAUGCUGAGUGACAGGACUUUGGCUCAUAUCGCUUUGCAGCAAGACUCAAUGAAGGCAAGUUUAAAGAAAGUCCUAUUAGCACUUGUACAUUAUUUACUAACUUUGUAACAGCAUGGGGGUGACGGGACUGUGAUUUCCCUUAGAUCUUACCAGAAUAAUACAGACUACACUAUUUACCUCCCUAGGUGUUCAUUCACAUAUCGAACAGUAUUAUGGAAUUUACACAAUGGAAAAAUUAAUACUAUCUGGAGCUACAGUUCUCAGACCAUCCUGAUUUGAAUUAAUUUCUGUGAACUUAAACCUGCAAAUUCCAUGGGUCUGCACUCUGCAGUGAUGGACACUCCAAAUCUAUCCUGGUUUUGCUGGCUUAUCUAAGGUGAAGCUAAACAAAGAAGUGUCAUAGCAAGGAUGUAGAUUCUCCCAGUCCACAAACCAUGAAACUCUACCAGGACUACCCAAUUCUGGUGUGAAUGUUCUUAAUAAUAUAAUAAUAGUGUGAAUAACAGUUGUCUUUCUCACUAGAAAUGAUCUGGUGUGAUUUGGGACCAUAGGAGGUAGACCAUAAUAUUAUAGUAUCAUAAACAGUUGUAAUAUAGUUUCCUUGUAUUUGCAGAGAAUACAGAAGCAUCCCCAGUAUCAAAGGGAUGAUUGACUUUAGGGGAAAAAACGGUACAGAAAAGAAGAGGAAUCCAUACAAUUCAGAUUGUCAAAAGUAGCAAAGCACCCAGGACUCUGACCAGGCAUGCAGCUGAGACAGGAGCUGGCACCUCAUGAAUUUGCCAUAAUUGGCCAAAGGCAGCUUAGUUAAGCCUUACAUGAAUACCAAUGGGAUUUCAGCAACAAUUAGUUAUCCUUCUUUCCAGCUUCCAGUUUCAUAAUCAUAUCCUGUUUAGAUGUUCAUCUGAAUGUGAAAUAUCACACAUUAUCAAAUUGCACCUUUUGUUGUACAUCCAUGAUUGACAACUGCAUCUGAUCUGUUUAAAUGUAUGGUCGAAGCUGCACAGCAACAACCUGAUGUGUAGAUUAGGUUUUCAGUGCCAUGUUGUGAAACACUGUCUUCAGUACAAGACUUAUUUGAGGGCUACAAUCCUAAUCACGUUUACAACGGAGCUGGUUCCAUGAAAAACAAAUGGAGGUAAUCUUGUGUAUACUUAAUGUCUUCAGUGUACAUGGAAAGAAAAUAAGAUUCAAAGGUCAACCACACCUGGCCUUUUGUUAGACCUCAAGCAUGUAUUUUCCUCCCGGCCAGACAAUCUAUAAGUCAGAGCCAAGUAUCACUAGAGGUAUGGCAUUGGUAUUAGUGGCUCUCUAAUUUUAGUGGUUGUCCAUACUUUAAGAAUAAACAUUUCCUGUUUCCAGGGGGAUAAAGUAUUCUGGCUGAAUGGUGGGCGUAUGGUCUUAUGCAACUGAUGAUAUUAAAACUUUUAAACUGUA